AUGUCCGCCCACAGCAACGCCAACGACGUCAGCAACAAGAGCUCGAACGCCGCCAACUCGCUCGCUGACGGCGUCAGCGGAGCCUGGAACGAGAUCAAGGACCAGGUCCAGUUGUAUGUCGCGUGGAUGCCAGCAUCCUCCGAGGGUUCCAUGACGAGUCCGAAAGCCCGAACGGCUUUCGGCGUCGCAGCCGACAGACCCAUGCCGCAAACCAAAGUCCACCCGUCCUCCCACGGCAAUCUUUUCGAUGCUGACACUACAGGCGCUGGCGACGAGGCUCGUGGCUCUUUCAACCAGUUCGCCGACUCGCUCGGCGAUAAGAUUGCCGGCCGUGACCACCCCCUUCCCUCCGGCAACGACAACACGGGCACGAUUGAACAGGGCGAGAAGGAGCGCGAGCAGGGUCGCAACCAGUGGAACCGCGCCAGCGCUGAGCACCAGGCCAACAAGUCCUCGUCGACUGCUACUGGCACUGCUCCCUCCGCCACCACUGGCCAGUACUAA